GUGCCACGCAUCUCACCCGAGGGUGUGGAGUCAGAUGUUCAGAACGAACGCGACCGUGUCAAGGCGAUGCGGGAGGGCUCAGAGGAGAACGACGCCAUAGUUAUAGACGAACUUACCAAAGUGUACCACAGCAAAAAGAAGUCUUUUGUGGCUGUCAAGGGCGUGUCCGUGGGUGUGCCUAGAGGGGAAUGCUUCGGAUUACUGGAGGAGAACAACGCUACAAGAAUAGCUGGACCAACCAAGCUACACCGUAUCAAGAUAAAGCCUACAAUGGUUGCCAUAAGCGUGUUCAUGCAGAGUGCUUUGGAAAGUGUGCAAGUCUUCUAG